AUGAAGGCCGUCAUUGCUUCUAUCGCUCUCCCCCUGCUGGCAGCUGCCGCACCAGCUCCUGCUCCUACUGCCCCGGCAUCCAACCCACCAAACUUCGGCGUUAUGGCUAUUCAUUCCGGCUCUCCUAUCCACUACGCGCAGAUGAACGCUGCUGGUCAGAAGUUCUGGCUCGGUGGCAGCACCUCAUCAUACUGUCCUAGUGUUGAUGGUAUCGUUUGCCCCUCUGGCAACCAGACCGUCUUUGCUGCAGGUGGCAAUGCUAUGGACGUCGAAGUACCCGGUGGCCAACAGGUCUACGUUGACCCUACUGGUGCCCUGAGCUUCACUCAGGCUCACUCUGCCAGCAUUCCUGCCGGCUCUGCUGUCGGUGGUCUGUUCUAUGAGCCUGGCAAUCCUUGGUCUCACUACUCUUUCAAGGGCUGGGGUGCCCAGGGCUUCAUGGCUUGCCCCACCGAAGACAAUCGCUACCAGGUGUUUGCUGCUAUGCAGAAUGCUACCGUGCCUUCUGGCAAUGUUGCUGACUGCAUUGGUUUCUCCGCCAUGGCCCUUACUUACAAGGGUGAUGUUCCUGCUUGGCAGUACAUUUAA